UCUCCCAACGGCCGUGCCACUUCUCAGAGCCGAGAAGGGCGAAAGCCCAAGCUACCAGCUCAGUUUGUUAAUCCUCUUCUUAACAAGUUCAAAUAGCACGUACGGCCGCGGGUUCAUCGUCGGUGGCUCCAGGCGCCUUCACAUGUUCCUGCGUUAGCCUUGCAGAUUGUGAUUUGUGAACCUCACCAACCAUCGAUAACCAUACAUAAUUAGUCAGUUGCCCACGAAACCGUUGCUCCGUCCUCCUCAAUCCUCAAUCCUGACACUCGGACAGCUCAACCCAUCUUACCCAGUAGCUGCUCGAUCCACUUCAAGUGCGUCACAGCCGCGCUGCCUGCCACUAGCUGCACUCCAGAGUCCAAGCAUUGCUCCGUCGCUAGCUAGCUCGGCCAUGGCGGGGACGCAGCGCGCCGUGGCCGCCGCGGCAGUGCUCCUCUUGGCCUGCAGCCUGCAGGCGCCGACGGCGACGGCGUGGGUGAGCGCGCACAACAUCACGGCCUUCCUCAACGGGCACCCGGAGUACAAGCUGUACAACAAGUACCUGACGGAGACGCGGGUGUGCGACGAGAUCAACACGCGCGCGGCCGUGACCUGCCUUGUGUUGACGGACGCCGUCAUGGCCACCCUCGUCUCCGACGCCGGCGACGAGCUGGGCGCCGUCAAGAACGCGCUGCGCCUCCACUCGCUGCUCGACUACUGGGACAUGAAGAAGCUGCGCGCGCUCCCGGACGGCGACACGCUCACCGACACCUUCUACCAGGCGGCCGGCAACGCGGGCAGCAGCCACGUCGGCGGGGUCAAGAUGGCCAAGCUGGAGGGCGGCGGGUUCGGGUUCAAGGCCGCCGCCAGCACCGGCGACACCUACGACGCCACCGUCACCAAGGCGCUCAAGCAGACGCAGUACGACUUCGCGGUGCUCGAGAUCUCCGCGCCCAUCGAGUUCGACGGCCUCUUCGACGUGCCCAACAUCUCCAACGUCACGAAGCUGCUCGAGAAGGCCGGCUGCAAGCGCUUCGCGGCGCUCGUCGCCGGCACCACCGGCGUGCUGGCGGCGUACCAGGCGGCCAUGGAAAAGGGCGUCACCCUCUUCGCGCCCAGCGACGACGCGUUCAUGGCGAAGGGCGCGCCGGACGUCGACAAGAUGGCCCACGCCGACCUCGUCGCGCUGCUGCUGUACCACGCCGUGCCGGCCUACAUCCCCAGGGCGUCGCUCAAGCUGCUCAAGUCGGCGGCCCGCCCGCUCCGCACGCUCGCCUCCACGGCGUCGGGGCAGUACAACGUGUCCGUGGUGGCGCGCGGCGACGACGUGUCGCUCGACACCGGCGUCCGCAAGUGCCGCGUGGCCGACACCGUCCUGGACGACACGCCGGUGUGCAUGUACACCGUGGACAAGCUCAUGCUGCCCGUCGAGCUCUUCGCCGACGCGCCGGCUGCGGCGCCAGAGCCCGCGGAGGCGCCGUCGCCCGUGGAGGCACUGUCGAGUUCUCCUCCCGCGCCGCCACCGGCUGACGUGCCGUCGUCGGAGGAAGAGCCCGCAGACCGCAAGCACAAGAACCUGAAGGCGUCGUCCGCCACCGCCGCCGCAUUCCGGUCGAUUGGCUCGUUCGCCGCGGCCGCGUGUUCCUUCCUUCUCCUCUGAGUCUUUGUCUCGUCUCCUUGAUGAAUUUUUUUCUUUGUGCGGUUUCAGCCAUUGUUUGUAGGGAUUUCGGCCAUUGUUGAUUGCACGAAUUGCGGCCAUUUCGGUGAAACCUGUGUACAUUUCGUUCUUUUCUGGUUUCAGUAACACAAAUCCGUGCCAAAUCGAGCAGAUACAACUUCAUCUUGGACAUUUCGUACGCCACUCAAGUUGGAUCGUGCUCCGUGUAAAAAAUAGCUAAUAAUACCGGAGGAUACGGAACCAUGGUGACUUUAUAGGCUGUACCGAAUUGUAAAUUGGAUGGAGUUGAUCGAUGAUCAUGCAUGUGA